UCUCACUUUCUCUAUAGCGGUGUGAGAGUGAGCCCUCCAUCCAUCCCUCCCCUUCUUCUCCCGUGAGAUUUUUCACCUCCCUGGUGUCUCUUCUGCAGUCCUCAAUUCAGGACGGGGCUGUGGCAAGGUCGCUGGAGUUGAAAGAGUAGCAUCUGGGAGCUGGAGGUCUUGGGGGGUAAAGUUUGGGGAGCAUGUAUUAGAAAAGGAAGAAAAGUUUCCUUUGAAAACAACUAAAUUUGAAAGAACAAGCGGAAAAAAAAAAGCGAUUGGUGGCUCCCAACGAGAGCCAACCAUCACCGCAUGACCGACCCAGUGGAGCAGAAGCAGCAGCCGGAAAAAAUUACAGGCUCAGUCUUUAUUGCCAAACAACUUCAUCUGCAUCAUGAAUAGCAACAAAACAGCCUUGGAGCAGAUUGCUGUAACAACUUCAGCAGCCGAAGUUACUAAAAGCAGGGGCAAGUUGGAGAGACAAGGCACUCCUUUGUGUGACUGGAGUGAGGGUGGAGACGCCCCGGCAGCUGCCGGUGCCCCAGGUUCUGCAGGGCAGGGCAGGAUCCCCGCCAAGAGUGCGCUGGUAGCCCCAGGCAGGCAGCCGAAGCGGGGGGAGCCGCAGCACAGCAUGGCCCGCGCCGGAGAGGCCCAGGGCUUUGAGAAACUGUUGCUUCAGUUGGCGGCUCUCUACGCCAUGGCAUUUUUGGUGGCUGUUCCACCACUUCUUCAGAUGCCUGGGGCCGCAGGUGAAAUGGAAAUUCCUGAUACAAAUGACCCUUUGGGACAAUUGGAUGGACCUAACAACCCUAUUCCCACACCAAAAGGGUACUUUUUGAAUUUUUUGGAACCAGUAAACAAUAUCACCAUAGUCCAGGGCCAGACAGCAAUUCUCUACUGCAAAGUGGCAGGAAAUCCAUUUCCAAACAUCAGCUGGCUAAAGAAUGAUGCACCUGUGGUUCAAGAACCACAUAGGAUUAUCAUCAGGAAAAAAGACUAUGGUUCUCGUUUAAGAAUACAAGAUCUGGAUACCACAGACACUGGGUACUACCAGUGUGUGGCUACCAAUGGAAUGAAGACCAUCACAGCAACCGGAGUCCUUUUUGUGAGGCUUGGUCCAACACACAAUCCAAAUCAUAAUUUUCAGGAUGAUUAUCAUGAAGAUGGGUUUUGUCAGCCCUACAGGGGGAUUGCAUGUGCACGAUUCAUUGGAAACAGGACUAUUUUUGUAGACUCCCUCCAGAUGCAAGGGGAAAUUGAAAACCGAAUUACAGCUGCAUUCACCAUGAUUGGCACUUCCACCCAAUUAUCUAAUCAGUGUUCACAGUUUGCCAUCCCUUCCUUCUGCCACUUUGUAUUUCCACUCUGUGAUGAGUGGUCCAGGACUCCCAAACGUAGGGAGCUGUGCCGGGAUGAAUGUGAGGUGCUGGAGAAUGAUCUGUGCCGGCAGGAAUAUAACAUUGCUCGCUCGAAUCCCCUUAUCCUCAUGCAGCUUCAGCUGCCCAAGUGUGAGGAUCUACCACUACCUGAAAGUGCAGAGGCUGCCAACUGCAUGAGGAUUGGCAUCCCUGUGGAACGGCUCAACCGAUAUCACCAAUGCUAUAAUGGCUCUGGAUCAGAUUAUAGAGGAACUAUCAGCACCACUCAGUCAGGCCAUCAGUGCCAAGCUUGGAAUGCCCAAUAUCCACAUAGUCAUCACCUGUCAAGCGUGGAUUUCCCAGAAAUAGCAGGGGGGCAUGCCUACUGCCGAAAUCCUGGGGGACAAAUGGAAGGUCCAUGGUGUUUUACACAGAAUAAAAACGUACGCAUGGAACUGUGUGACAUACCUUCUUGUAGUCCCCAGGAUAGCAGCAAAAUGGGAAUCCUCUACAUCUUGGUCCCUAGCAUUGCAAUACCAUUGGUCAUUGCAUGUCUUUUCUUCUUGGUCUGUAUGUGUAGAAAUAAACAAAAGGCAUCUGGUGCCACACCACAGCGGCGUCAGCUAAUGGCAUCCCCUAGCCAGGACAUGGAAAUGCCACUUAUUAAUCAACACAAACAGGCCAAACUCAAGGAGAUCAAUCUGUCCACUAUAAGGUUCAUGGAAGAGCUAGGAGAAGACAGAUUUGGAAAAGUCUACAAAGGUCACCUCUUUGGUACAACACCAGGGGAACAGACACAAACCAUAGCUAUUAAAACACUUAAAGACAAAGCAGAAGUGCCUCUCCGAGAAGAAUUUAAACAUGAAGCCAUGAUGAGAUCAAGGUUGCAACAUCCAAAUAUUGUAUGUUUGCUGGGAAUCAUGACCAAAGAUCAACCCAUUAGCAUGAUAUUUGGUUAUUGCUCCCACAGCGACCUCCAUGAAUUCUUGGUCAUGAGGUCUCCCCAUUCAGAUGUGGGAAGCACUGAUGAUGACAAGACAGUUAAAUCAACAUUAGAACCAGCAGACUUUUUCCAUAUUGUAGUACAAGUAGCUGCAGGGAUGGAGUACCUUUCUAGCCACCAUGUUGUCCAUAAGGACUUGGCCACCAGAAACAUACUUGUAUUUGAUAAGCUCAAUGUAAAAAUAUCAGACUUGGGCCUUUUUAGGGAAGUUUAUUCCGCAGAUUACUACAAACUGAUAGGAAAUUCUCUUCUCCCCAUCCGUUGGAUGUCCCCUGAGGCAAUUAUGUAUGGCAAAUUUUCCAUUGAUUCUGAUAUAUGGUCCUAUGGAGUGGUGUUAUGGGAGAUAUUCAGCUAUGGCCUGCAGCCAUAUUGUGGAUACUCUAAUCAGGAUGUCAUUGAAAUGAUAAGGAAUCGGCAAAUUUUGCCCUGUCCUGAUGAUUGUCCUGCCUGGGUGUAUACAUUGAUGAUAGAGUGUUGGAAUGAAUUUCCCAACAGAAGACCAAGAUUUAAAGACAUCCAUAAUAGGCUCAGAACAUGGGGUAAUCUUUCUAAUUAUAAUAGUUCAGCCCAGACAUCUGGAGCAAGCAAUACCACACAGACAAGUUCUCUUAGCACAAGCCCAGUGAGCAAUGUCAGCAAUGCCAGAUACAUUGGACCCAAGCAGAAAACUCAGUCUUUCCCUCAGCCACAGUUCAUUCCAGUGAAAGGGCAGAUAAGACCCAUGGUCCCACCUCCUCAGCUCUAUAUACCAGUGAAUGGUUAUCAACCAAUGCCUGCUUAUGGUGCUUAUUUGCCAAAUUUUUACCCAGUCCAAAUCCCCAUGCAAAUGGCCCCUCAACAGAUACCUUCCCAGAUGAUUCCCAAACCAGGAUCUCAUCACAGUGGCAGUGGUUCUACAAGCACAGGCUAUGUAACAACAGCCCCCUCCAACACAUCUGUAACUGACAGGGCAGCUCUUCUCUCAGAGGGAAAUGAUGAUGCUCUCAAUACAGUGGAACAUGUAGCUCAGAAUCCUGUCCAGGAAGAAGACGAAGAAGGCUCUGUUCCUGAAACAGAGUUAUUAGGUGACAAUGACACACACUUGCAGAUAGAUGAAGCAGAAGUUCCAUCAGAAGCAUAGGUAAAAGAGAUGACCUCUUAACCUGGUUUCAUCUUCUUUAUGGGGCUAUUUUAAAAACUGUGAUCCUUUAAGGGCUAUAUGAUCAAUUAAUUGAUCAGAAAACUUAGCCAUCAUUGACACAACAGAAAAAAAUACUAAAUGCAGCAGUAAUGAUAUUCCAGAGAAAUUGAUGAGAUUAUUGCAGACUUGGUAAUAUAGAACUGCUGCUUUACUUUUGUCAAUAAUCCUUGAGAAAAAACUGCUCUAAGAUAGAUACUGUUGCUGUGCAACAUAUUGCUGAGUAGUCUUGCACAUCAUGUCUAUCGUGAUCUGUGAUUGAUUGUAUUUUUAGUCCACAGUUCCUAAGCUGGACAGGUAGAGAAGAGGAUUGCUUUGAGAGUCCUGAAGUGAGGUACCAAGAUAAGCAACUUAGUGUACUUUCCCUCACUGAUGUGAUACAAUAAUAAUAAUGAGCCACAGACAUUUGUUUCUAAUAAAAAAAAACUUUAAAGAUUAUUUAUCUCUUUUUUGAAUCAAAGUGGCUCAAAACUCUGAGAAAACAGAAUUAAAGAAGGCAGAGAGAACUGUUUCCAGUGAGUAAUGUGGCAAAAGUUUCUAAAUAAGGUUGGGGCAUGAAAAAGAGCUUUCCUUUCCAUUGCUGCAUUACUCUUUUCUCCCUCUAGUGACUAAAAGACUUAUUACUUCACAAAUCAGAAGAGAAGGGGAUAUUUACUGUGUACCACAAACCCAAGCUUUGCAGCUCUAUGUUGGUUGUCAAAUAUGAAAGAGAUUUUUAAUGUCUUCUAAAUAUAUUAAAUUGAUGCCUUAAAAAUUUCACACAUGUAUUUUAAAAAUCAAAUCAUUUUAAUGAUUCUGCUUGUCUAUCUGCCCACUUUACUUUCAGGGAAAGUGGCUCUUGAUUUUGGAAUAUUCAAAAAAAAUGCUA